AUGAGAGGUGAUAGAUAUGACUCAUAUGAGCUGAUGACAUUGAAGGAACAUGGGACUUUUGCUAUGGAAACUGAGAUGUCUUUUAAGAAGAAAGGUGUGGCUUCAAGAAACUGGAUAGCUUUGGACAACAAUGGGCAAGGCAUAAUCCUGGAUUUGGACAAGUAUGAUAUCAUGAAAAGAGUCGAAAUAAAUGCAAGAGACCUUCGAAUUAUCGACCCUUUGCUCUCAUACCCUUCUGCAAUUCUUGGCAGAGGCAACGCAAUUGUCCUCAAUUUGGAGCAUAUCAAGGCUAUAAUAACAACAGAUGAGGUAAUCUUGCUUACAACUCUGGCUUCUGCAUCUAUUUUUCUGUGGAUAAUUUCUUACGCUCGGCACAAGGGUCUUGUUGGAUCCAAAUCGAAUUACUAA